AACAAAUAUGAAUUGCAAGGUAAUCUACCAUUCAAGAGGAAUUUGGAAAUAUUUCAUGUUUUUUACCGUCCCGGAUUGUGCGAUUGUGCGAAACAGUCGAACAAAACAAAAGCUUUUCUAAUUACAAUUGCAAUUUAGAGUUGGUGUAAUUUGGUAGGAACCCUAAACCUUAAUCACACUUUCGGAAGCUAUUGAAGCCCAAAAAUGGCGGGAUCAGAAGGAGCACCAUCCAAUACUGUAACUGAAGGUGAAGUCUCCCUCAAGGAUCAAGGCAAUGAGUUUUUCAAAGCUGGUAAUUAUCUUAAAGCCGCUGCUCUUUAUACUCAAGCCAUCAAGCAGGAUCCUAAUAACGCUACUCUUUAUAGCAACCGUGCUGCAGCUUUUCUUAACCUUGUCAAACUCACCAAAGCACUGGCUGAUGCUGAGAUGACAAUCAGUCUUCAUCCAAACUGGGAGAAGGGAUACUUUAGAAAAGGAUGUGUCUUGGAAGCCAUGGAAAGAUAUGAUCAGGCUUUAGAUGCAUUUCAAGUAGCAUUACAGCAUAAUCCAAAAAGUACAGAAGUGUCAAAGAAAAUCAAGAAAAUUUCACUAUUGGCUAAAGAUAAGAAGCGAGCCGAAGAAGUAGAAAUAAUGAGAUCUAAUGUUGAUGUGGCAAAGCACUUGAGUAUAGUGAAAUCUGAAAUGGCCGAAAAGUAUGGGGGUGAAGAAUCGUCCGAAUUUUUGUUCUCGUUUCUUGUUCAUACUAUGGAGAAUGCUGUAAAGACAUGGCAUGAAACUUCAAAAGUAGAAACAAGAGUCUACUUCCUUCUCGAUAAUGAAAAGACAGAUACAGAGAAAUAUGCCCCUGCUGUAAACAUAGAUAAGGCAUUUGAAUCACCUGAUACACACAGCAAUUGCUUCUCAUUUCUUAGGCAAUAUGCAGUGGAUUCAUUCUCUAAAGCUGCUUGCUUAAUUACAUCAAAAAGUGUCAUAUCGUAUCCUCAGGUCUGGAAAGGUCAAGGAUUUAGGAAAUGGAAGCACGGGCAGAAUGAUGGAUUCUUCAUCCAAUUUGAGUCACCGUUUCUGCGAAAGCUAUGGUUCAUUCCUUGCAACAUUUUGAAAGGAAAGGCCAUAUGCAGGGAUCCUGAGGCUUUAGACAUUGGCGCUCAUGAACUGCUUCCGCGCCUUUAUAAAGAAUCUCCGAGCAACUCCUAACAGUGAGAAACUAGCUUCUUCAUGUUAUGUUUUCAGAUCACCCUGCUAAUAGUGCUCAAGGCAGUUUUCUGCUCGAUGCACAAGGGAAAAAAGCAGCAAUUUAUAUAAAAUUUCGGUGGAUCUCCCUUGCCUAUAAUUGCUGUUGAUGAUUUGAGCAAAGGGUUAACGAGCAAGUUUUUAUCCAUUUGAUAGUCAGUAAGACGUAAUUUGCAUGCGUAUUUUAGUGCCUGGAAUCGAAAACGAUUAGGUUCCUGUCAAACAAGUUUUUUAUGUAUGAACUGGUUGAUGUAUGCUGAGGAGUGAGGAUUACAAGCUUGCUACAUUAUUUUUACUGUGAUGUUACAUUAAAUUUUUGUGACGUUACAUUUUUUAAUGGUUAAUUUUUCAAUAUGAAGCACUGAAUGUACAUUUUUCAUGUCA